GAAGAGUGGCUGUGCCUGUCCAGUGGCCAUGAAAGAUUGUCCAACUAAAGCAGAAGUAAUCCUACAUGGUUUUGACAGCAGCAGAGGCCACAACUUCCAAGUCAGAGCCGAAGCCGGCGUGAGAUGAGCCGCAAUGGUCUCCUCCAUGAUCAGCAUCACUGUGUAACCCUGCUCCGCCACAUUGGAAACAGUGGCAAAGUCAGUGGUAGCAGGAUUGGUACUACGCACCAAAAAGGGCUAUUUCCAAGACCUUGAAACCUCAUGGGGGGGUCUUGCAAAAAGGGGAGAGGCUUAAAAGUCUGGGUUGGGUUGUGGCUGGUCAAAAAUUGGUCAUCCAGUUUCAACUGGGCCUGAUUUUGGAUUGGCUCCCUGUCCCAUUCUAGCACCAGCUUGUCUACAGCAUGAGUAAUCACAUCCAGUAACUCAUUAUUAGAUGGGGAAGUGCGUUUCUCCUGUCUGUUUGGAGGGACAAAACUGCACAAAUCACCCAUGAGCUCCUCAGAAUCAGAGGCCGCUGUAGACAGCACAUCAUCAUAAAAGAAAUCAAAUUAUGAGCUUCCGGGGUAGGCCGCAAAUCAUCAACAAAAAUAACGGGGUCCACGCAGCGAUCGUCUAACACAUGCAAGUGGCUCGGGAAGAGAGAAAGAAAGGGAGAAAAUUCCAUCUGCUCACCCUCUAUGUGCUCCGGCUAGUAAUAGUCACCCCAUGCAUCCAUCUCAUGUGGCACCUCGGCAACUGCUAAAGACGGAAUGGUGGAGGACAGUGGAGUGGCCUUCUUUCCUCAGAAAAGAGGCAAGCCUUGAGCAUAAAACUUUCAAACGCAGGCCAUCUCAGUGUCAGCAGUCAGAUAGGCCGUUAAGUGCCGCCUGAGCAUGCUGAAGGCCCAAACAUUGCUCAUGAAACUUUGUGUUCGCUUGGAAAAAUGUUGUGUUCUUUGCGAGUGGAUGCAAAGGUUCCAGAGGGAACGCAAACAUUUUGUGAGAGAACGCAAAAUCAUUGACAUAAUUUUUUCCCCAUCUCAUAUUUUUUUCUUCACCAUGCCACUUUAGGGUCUCCAUAGUACUGCUGUUUUUUUUCCUUCAUAUUUUAAUGAUAUGUAUCGUGAAAGCGCUAUACAAAUAAAUGUGAAUUGAAUUUAAUUGAAUUUAAAGAAGAUAUUGGCAAUGAGCAGCCGCAUGCACAAGGUUAGUCAUUUGCAUAAAACACGCUCAAGCCAUCUCCAUAUAAGGGCUUUCCGCACAUGCGUUCCUUACAGCCUUUCGUCACUCUCGUCAAACAUGCCGCUGUUUGCAGACGCGCUCUUGCCCGAUCCUCGAGCAAUGCCAAGUGUGCCAUUCUCACCACUUCUCAUAAUAAACACCUUUUAUACAGGCCCAGAUUACAGACCUCUUAUUAGCCAGCUGUACAUGCACGUAUAUCUGCUUUAUUCAGAGAAACCUCACAGCUGACAAUAUAACGCAGCUUUUAUUUUACAGUUUAAAAAAAAAAUAAUAAUAAUAAUAUGAUAGAAUGUAUUCAUGAUUGAAUUAAAUUGUAUUAUUUAAUAAUUGUAUUAUAUAAUUUUAUAUAUGGAUUAUAUAUAGCCUACAAUUAAUGCAACACUUCAAUAUAAUUGUUACAACAGAGACGGCUUGGAGGCAGAUGUAAAAGCAAUGACAAUGUUUUAUUGAGUUCAGCAGAGUAAACGGUAAGUAUGAAGCAAUGAUGGAAGUUUGGUGAGUUGAUAGAAGAAGUGAUACUGUCCUUUUGUUGAUUGCAGAUGGUAUAUAGAGAAGCACGCUGGAGACUAAAGACUGGGAACACUCACACACAGUUGGAGAAGCACACGGGGGAGACUGGAGACACUGGAGACGAUGGAAGCAGGUAAUUAGCAGAUUGGAGUCCUUAAGUUACGUUGCUGGACACUAUGUCUGCUCUGGGAGACCUUGGCUGGGAGGCCUACCCGGCUGAAGGGUGGGAGGAAAUCAGUGUGAUGGAUGAGAGGAACACCCCCAUGCGCUCCUACCAGGUGUGUAAUGUGAUGGAGGCUAAUCAGAACAACUGGCUACGCACGCGCCACAUCCCACGAGAUGGAGCGCAGCGCGUCUACAUCGAGAUUAAGUUCACCCUGCGUGACUGCAACAGUCUGCCCGGAGUCCCUGGCACCUGCAAAGAAACUUUCAACAUGUACUACUACGAGUCCAACAACGCCAACCUGUGGUUCAUCAAGGAGAGCCAGUACAUAAAGAUCGACACCAUCGCAGCCGACGAGAGCUUCACGCAGACCGACGUGGGCGAUCGUGUCAUGAAACUAAACACGGAAGUGAGGGACAUCAGUAACUUGAGCAAGAAGGGUUUCUACCUGGCUUUCCAAGAUGUCGGAGCCUGCAUCGCUUUGGUGUCCCUGAGGGUCUUCUAUAAGAAGUGUCCUCUUGCCGUUCUGAACUUGGCCCAGUUUCCCGACACGGUGACAGGGGGAGAUUCGGCUCUGGUGGAGGUUAGGGGAUCUUGUGUGAACGACUCUGAGGAGUUUGAGGCGCCGAGGAUGUACUGCAGUGGAGACGGUGGAUGGCUGGUGCCCAUUGGACGCUGUGUCUGCAAGCCAGGCUUCGAAGAGAACAAGGACUUCUGUCAGCCCUGCCGGCCAGGCACCUACAAGGCCUCUUCCAUGGAUGCCUACUGCACCAAGUGUCCUCCUCACAGCUUCUCCCAUCAGGAGGAAGCCUCGGAGUGUUCCUGCGAGAAGGGGUUUUACAGAGCUGACAUGGACCCGCGCUCAAUGGCCUGCACCCGGCCUCCAUCUGCAGCCGAGAACCCCAUCUCCACCCUAAACGACACCUCUGUGACACUGGAGUGGAGUCCUCCGAGAGACAGCGGCGGGCGAGGAGACGUCACGUACAGCGUCCACUGCAGGAAGUGCGCCGGCGACGGCAAGACAUGCAGCCCCUGCAGCAACAGUGUCCAUUUCAUACCUAGACAGUUUGGCCUCUCGAUCCCUAAAGUGUUGAUCACGGAUCUGCUGUCCAACACCAACUACACCUUCAGCAUCGAGGCGGUGAACGGGGUGUCCGAUCUGAGCCCGACGCCUAAACAACAAGUCACUGUCAACAUCACCACCAGUCAGACAGUGAAUGUGAUCCUGAAAGAGAGGAAGAGUAAAGACAGCAUCACACUGGCCUGGCAGGGACCCGACAGACCAAACGGAGUCAUAGUGGAGUAUGAAGUCAUCUACUAUGAGAAGAACCAAAGAGACCAGAACUACACGGUCCUGAAGACCAAAGCCCACAUGAUGACAGUGGAGGGCCUGAAGCCAGGCACCACCUAUGUGUUCAGAGUGAGGGCGCGCACUGAUGGAGGCUACGGCAGCUACGGCGGAGAGAUCGAGCUGGAGACCAGUCAUGAAGAUAUGCUGGCCAUUGGAGACCCUAACCAGUCCACAAUCCUCGCCGUGUCCAUAGCCGGCGGCAUUGUGCUCCUUAUCUUCCUGGUGGCGUGUUUUGUAGUGAGCGGACGACAUUGUGGCUACAUCAAGGCGAAGCAAGAUCCAGAUGAAGAAAAAAUGCAGUUUCAGAACGGGAGAGUGAAACUGCCUGGAAGCAGGACGUACAUUCACCCCCACACUUACGAGGACCCAAAUCAAGCCGUCCGAGAUUUUGCCAAGGAAAUCGACGCCUCCACUAUACGGAUAGAGAGAGUUAUAGGCGCAGGUGAGUUCGGUGAGGUCUGCAGUGGCCGUCUGAAGCUCCCCAGCAAGAGAGAAAUCUACGUGGCCAUCAAAAGUCUGAAGGCGGGAUACUCUGAGAAGCAGAGGCGGGACUUCCUGAGCGAGGCCAGCAUCAUGGGUCAGUUCGACCACCCCAACAUCAUCCGACUGGAGGGAGUCGUCACCAGAUGCAAGCCCGUGAUGAUUAUUACAGAGUACAUGGAGAAUGGAUCGUUGGAUACUUUCCUGAAGAAACACGACGGGCAGUUUACGGUCAUCCAGCUUGUGGGGAUGAUGCGCGGCAUCGCUUCAGGAAUGAAGUAUCUGUCCGACAUGAGCUACGUCCACCGUGACCUGGCGGCACGCAACAUCCUGGUGAACAGUAACCUGGUGUGCAAAGUGUCCGACUUCGGCCUGUCCAGAGUGCUGGAGGACGACCCUGAAGCUGCGUACACCACACGGGGUGGAAAAAUCCCCAUUCGAUGGACGGCUCCUGAGGCUAUAGCGUACAGGAAGUUCACCUCAGCCAGUGACGUCUGGAGUUACGGCAUCGUCAUGUGGGAGGUGAUCUCGUAUGGAGAGCGGCCUUAUUGGGAGAUGUCUAAUCAAGACGUGAUUAAAGCUAUAGAUGAGGGUUACCGGCUGCCCGCUCCGAUGGACUGCCCCGUGGUCCUCCACCAGCUGAUGCUGGACUGCUGGGAGAAGACCAGGAGCGAACGGCCCAAAUUUGGGCACAUCGUCAACACCCUUGACAAACUCAUCCGCAACCCCAACAGUCUGAAAGAGCUCGCCAACAGCUCCGUCUGGGAAGACCCCAUCACCCCAGAGUUCAGCGUGAGUACGGUGGAUGAAUGGCUAGACGCCAUCAAUAUGGGCCAGUACAAGGACAACUUUGCCAGCGCGGGCUACGUUUCUCUAGAUUCCAUACUGUACAUCAGCAUGUGCGAGUUAAGCAAGAUGGGCGUGACUCUGGUGGGGCACCAAAAGAAGAUUCUCUCCGCCGUCCAGAGUUUUCACGCACAGGGGACUCACGUGCAGGUAUAACCGCCUGAGAGCGCACAGACUGAGAGAGUUCCCAACUGCUCCCACGACAGUCCCUUCAGCAGCUUCACCGUACAGUUCCCGCAUACGACCACUCUGGCUUCCGUCCACGCACGUCCGAGCUUCCUACGAGCAGAGGGACACUCCGAGACUGAUCUACAAUCGCUCGACAAGGCCACGGCAAAUCUGAUAUGAAGUAUGGUUAUUAAACAAACAAAGGAACAAUAAUACAUUAGGGAGAAUUCACAGCUUGUGCAUUUCAUUGGUGACGUUUUGCAUAUCAAAGGUCGGACUGUUGUUCAUGAAAACGAGGGUUGUUGUUUGUUUUUCUCACAUCCAUGUUUGGGAUAUCAGUCCACUAUAAAAGUCACAGUACCGUAACAGAAGAUGUUUAUAGUAUAUUUAUUUUGUCAUAACUGAGGCAAUGGUUGAGCACCGAUGGAUUCAGACGGAAAGACGACAGGAGUUUGCGUUCCUCCGGCAAAGAUGGCGACGAAAGAGGCCGCGUCAGCGCACGUGAGCACGGGACGGCAAGAUAAGAGCGUUAUCUUCUGUUUAGCCGAGAAAUAACUGCUCUUCACUCAUCUGAAUAAGAAACCGUUUGACUUCCAGAUACGUCUUAAAUAAAGUUCAUUUUCGUGAUUAUAACGCGUGCGGCACGUUCGCAUCGUCUUUACGUUUACACUCGUAGUGUGUGGCGACUUGUACUAUAGUGUAUAAAAUGUACAGUGUUGAUUUAAAAAAAGAAGAGAAAACACAAGAAAAACUAGAAUGUUUGUAAUGAUGUACUUUUAUUUAGUAUGAAGAGGAGGAAGCGGCCGUGUGGUGGCGUUCAUCACCGUCGUCUGCCGAUAAUAACUCAUCUCUGGAAUGUAGCAUGGAUCCUAAGCUUCAUCUUUGAUUGACAGGUGACAGUGACUGCAGUUUUUCACUCAAGUGGUGCUCUUAGCUGCUUGACUUUAGAUGCCUUAUUAACUGUGCAGUUCUCUCUUUUUCUCGUCCUCCCCUUAGAAAUGAUAUCAUGAAGUAUAAUGUAUAUAGUAUUUAUCAUCGCGUCACUGAGAAGCUGGAGCUCGAUGUUAAAGCCAGGCUCGACAUGUUUACCGUUGUUUUAGUCUGCCGUUUGUGGAAACGCAUUGGAUCCGCGGCGCUGUCGCGGGCGCUCGUGGUUUAGGGACGGAAGGGUUUUAAUACAUCUAUUGGGCUGAACUAAAUUCCUCAUGCUAACUUUACCGAGACUGAUUUGCUGCACUGUAUAUUUUUGUACUAGUGAGGUUCUGUAAAGUCAAAGUCGACCUGUUUUAUUUAAAUAUAUAUGAGACGGAAAUACAGGAACGGAUGGUACUGAGAGAGAAUCAUAUUUCGGAUCGUGAUUCCCUGAUGUCAUUUCUUUUAUGUCAUGAUUUGUUUCGAUGCUUCAGCGCAACACUGUAACAUCGCAAGAGCUACUCGCAAUCUGUAGGGGUUUUUCCCUCCAAAUUUCCGGCGCUCCUUUUGUUUGCUGAAAGGAUUCGAAUAUGUUGAAUAUCUAUAUACUCAAAACUAUGGAAGCUUGUUUCUGCCAUGAAAUAAAAAUGUAAUUGUGACUUUAAAACUUGAAAUUCUGACUUUAUAUCACACAUUUCUGAAUUUAUAUCCCGCAAUUUUGACUUUAAAACGCAAU